AUGUCUUUGGGUCAUUCUACCGAUCAUGAAUACUCCGUAGACCCGACUCAGCCUCUACAUGGCAUCACUGUUUGCUGUACCAGCAUUUCGACCGAGCAACGGGUUCGGCAGCCGCAUCACCUUCUGCAUUUCACUGAAAUCGACCAAAGAGUUGCCGAACUCGGUGGAGUGCAUAAAUACGAUCUUACGCCAGAUGUCACACACCUUAUCGUCGGCAACUAUGAUACGCCAAAGUACCGACAUGUCGCUCGCGAACGACCCGAUAUCAAGGCCAUGGACGCCGGCUGGAUAGAUGCGAUUGUAACUCUGUGGAAAUCCGAUGACGAUAUCAAUCUACAAGAACUCGAAGACAAAUACAAACUUCGAGCGCUCGACAAAUGUGGCCGCGAAGUUGAAGGCCAGGCUACCCCAGAACAGGACUCUCUGCUAGUCUGUCUGACAGGCUUUGGCGACCAGCGUGACCAAAUUGCCGAACGCAUCACAGCUAACGGAGCUCGAUAUACCGGUGACCUGACUAGAAAAUGCACGCAUCUAAUUGUCAGUGCACCAGAAGGCAAAAAAUUCUCGGCAGCGAGAUUGUGGUCCGUUCGAACGGUGACGUUGGCAUGGCUCGACCAAAGCAUCGAGCGUGGCAUGAUUCUGGAUGAGGCCAAGUUCGAUCCGAUGCUUCCACCUGAUGAACAAGGCAAAGAUGCUUGGAUAAAGCACCCGCGCAGGAGGUCUUUGGGCAAGCGAUCUAGGUCAUCCGGCUCGACAACAACCGAAGUGCGCGUUCGGAAGCUACGCAAAACAGCCAGCAUGAAACUCAGCUCGCAGCGAAAUAAUCUCUGGGAUAACAUUCUAGGUCGCUCUGACUCGAAGGAGUACUCAUUCAGCGAACCCCGCGCAGAAGCCGGGGCGAUCGUGGCCGAAAAACCGACCCAGCCGGACGGCGUUUUUGCCAACUGCUUAUUCUUCAUCCACGGCUUCCGGCCCCAACAGACAGAUAUUUUGGAACAAACAGUAAAAUCUCUCGACGGUACAAUAGUGUCGUCCCUUGGAGAGGCUAUCGCCUUGCAAACGGCAGAACCAUGCUGGCGCUUCAUGAUAGUGCCCCAAAACUCGGAGCCCAGUACCCAUCCACAAUCUCAAGAUACCAACCUACAUAUCGUCACGGAAUUCUAUGUUGAACGGUGCUUGCAAAACAAGCAAUUUUUCCACCCCGACGACCACGUUCUGGGACGUCCCUUCCCCCUGUUUCCCAUUCCCGGCUUCAACUCGUUAGGUAUCUGCAGCUCGUCGUUCACUGGACUUGAGCUUAACCAGGUUGCCCGAAGCAUAAAGCAGCUGGGUGCGACUUUUGAGGAGAAGUUUCACAGAGACACCAGUCUUCUGGUUUGUCGCUCGAUCGAAUCUAUGCGUAAAGACAAGCUACGAUACGCCGUGGAAUGGGGCGUACCAAUUGUAUCCGCAGAUUGGCUGUGGGAAUGUAUUAGCACGGGGUUCAAAGUCCCGCCCGAGGAUUAUAUCUUUCCACAGCUGAGAACACGAUACGCAAAUAUGGGUGUAGAAAAGACUCAGGCUAAGACAGGGCAAGAAAGCGAACCGCCAAAACCACAGCCAAAACCUAGUGCAUCGCGGCCUCCUGGAGGGUCCGGGAUGGAUCCAACCGCAUUUGACAGAGACACUCCCGAGAAACCACAGACCAAGAUGAGAAGCGCACGACAUGAGGAGUCAACAACGUCAGCCGACUUCGUCUCGGCAGUGUCACACCCAGAGCUGACUAGACGGCAAGGCACACCGCUAUCGGAACUAUCAUCAGCAUCAGUCAACAAGUCCCCAUCUCCAGUCAAAACUUUUAGCACACAGCUCCCACGACACAAGUCGGAUCCUGCUGCCAACGCCGAAAACGAAAAGCCGUCGGACAGAGCGCCAUCUGCUCCUCCAAUUACAAAGCAUGAUAAAACCUCUGAUAGCGGCAAGAAACGGGAAGACGGCAAUAAAGCGCACCGAGCAGCUAAAUUUGCAGAGCAACUACGAUUUGCAUCCGAUGUUGCGACACUAUUGGAUCCCGUCAAGGGACAGCCAAAUGUGGGGAGGGAUAUAGACAUGCCCGCCGCAGGGACAGCGCCGAGUCACCGUCCGCGCAAACGGCAAAUUCUUGGGCGCGCCAUCAGCAAUGUGUCGAACGCCAGUAGCGGCAGCUUGCCAGCGCCCGAGUCGCUCCGUUCAGCGUCGGGCGUCGGCGCCGAAGCAGAAGAAGACGGAUUCGGCGAGGAACAGCAGCCGCCGGCGACGCAGUUGGAGUAUGGCGAUCGGGAUGCGCAGAAGCGCAAGGCCCAGCUUAUGAGCCGGAUGAUGGGGCAGCCUGUCGUGGGCAACGAGCAAGCCGGUGCGCUGACAGAAGGGAGGACGCUAAGGAAGCGAACUUGA